GUGGGGGUGUGAAAAGGGGGAGGGCUGCGUGGGUGGUGCUGGGGGCCACUGCCACGGCAAAGGCAGCAGCUCAGAGACUCGCAGAGGGGCCUUCCUGAGGUGGCGAGUCAUUGCGUUGUGCCGAGAGGUCACAGAAACGUCAGGAAACCGAGAAAGGCUCAAAAUUAAAACAGCGAAAAUCCACAGUUCCGUUUCUGAGUGACGAGAGGGAAAUGGGACCUCCACUGGACGUGUCGUCUCCCUUCUAUUGACCCCAGUCAGGGCUGGCAAGGUGGGCAUUGUUGCUCCGUGGGAUCUUGCUGUGCACUGGGAGACCCACCUCCUAUGCCCAUGCUGUGGGUGUCAGGUGUGUGGGGAGAUGGGAGGAUGAGUCUCUUGAAAGGAAUCCUCUAAGUUGACUCGUUCCGAUUGGCCAAAGAUGGACGGAAGUUUUUUUUGGCAACAACAUCAACUGGCCCAGCCCAAAUAGCCACGGGCUAUUUCUCCUCAUUGUCUCAACUCCCAAGCCGCCACCUCAUCACCUCCCCUCCAAAAGUCAGCCCACCUCCCCCCCGCCCCCACAAACCAGGCAAACUGACGGUGUUGCCUCUGGAGUCAACAUCUCCACGUUGGGUGGCUGACAUCCUCCAAUCUUUCGACAUUUGCCAAGCCUGGCCAGGGUGAUCUGUUCUGGAGGGUGUCGCUUCCAACACUGUUCCCCCCCUCAAUGCCCCACUCCAACACCGUCCCUCCCUAAUUCUCCUCCUACCCAAUCCCAUUCCACUCUUCAACUCAUUGGAUUUGCUAGAUUGACUCUUCCCUGUCCAAUUCUGAAGAUGUGGAAUGCCUCCACCCGUCCAGGCACUUCAUCCCACUGGAUUGUCCCAGUCAACAUCCCUUCAGGUAUGGUGCACCUGAAUAGAACAUCUGGAAGCCGGUGAGGAUCCUGAAUCUUUUAAUCUGAAAAUGGCAGGGAUGCUUUGAAAUGGAGGAGGAGCCUCAAGUGAGGAAGACAUUGAGGAACCAGUGAUACCUUCUCCUGUGCUGAAGAUUUCACAGUUGACACAGUUCAAAUGGAAAUGAAGCUCUCAAAUUCAAUGAGAUUGAACCAGUUGAAAGUUAGGGAGAUCCUGCUUGAUGUGUACCUGCUUCUGAACCAGGGUUUUAGCAUGGACCAAAAAAUCAGGGGACAGUCAACCUGAAAAAUACCCCUGAUCCCUCGAGAAGGGGCAAACAUUUUGAGCAUCUCCAAAUCCAAAGAGGUGACAGACGUCCUAGAACUUUGAUCUUGCCUCGACUGGAUCCAGACAAAUGAGGGGGAGAGCAGGUGGUGGCAGGAUUUACUGGGAGAUCCUCAUGCUGACCUCCUGAAGAUGAGGAUCUGGGAUGAGAGUUGUUUGAGAAUUUCCGAGUCUUCGUUGCCGCAUUCCCAAUCUGUGAAGAAUUGACCUCAAGUCCACUUUGUGUCUUCACAGGGAGGGAGCAGACGGACUGCCUCCCCUUUUUAUUGGGCCCUUGCUCUCUGCCAAGAUAGUCCCCCUCGUUUUUUUUUGAGAUAACCAAGUCUUCAUUCUUCUUCCUUCCUCCAAUGGCCGAUUUCCUCAAGAUUGCCAUUCUGGGGGCUCCAGGGGUUGGCAAGACCGCCAUCAUUCAGCAGUUUGUGUGGAACCAGUUUGCGGAGGAUGCUCGCGUCCCACACAGUGGGGUGUACCAUCCCUCUGUCGUCUUAAAUGACCGGAUUUACCACUUGGUCAUCUUGGACAUCCCAGCAUCGCUGGUCUUCACUGACAACCAACAGGAGUGGAUCGAGCGGUGGACUGAGACGGGCCAUCAGGGUAUCCAGCCUGCCCACGCCUACAUCCUGGUCUAUGACAUCUGCUGCUUUGCCAGCUUCGAGUACAUCAAAGCCGUGCACCAGCUCAUCGUGGCCAAAAGGCCCCCUGGCUCGGGAAAGGCUCCCAUCCUGAUCGUGGGCAACAAACGGGACCUUCAACGCCGCAGGGUGGCGCCCCGGCACAAUGUGGCGGCCCUGGUGAAGCGGACCUGGAAGUGUGGCUACAUCGAGUGCUCGGCCAAGUACAACUGGCACAUCCUGCUGCUCUUCAAGGAGCUCCUGAAGACCACCGGCUGCCUGGCAUCCAAGGGCGCGCAUGCCUCUGCCUGCCUGCAAGGGGGGCUGCGAGCCAACCGCUGCAUCAUCCUGUGAG